ACACAGUAUACACAGAGUGAAAGGGGAGGAGGGCAGACACAGGCAGGACCCAAACAAAAGCUGCAGUGCUGCCUACCUUCUGCCUCGCGCCGCCUCUCUCUCAUCCUCUCUCCAAGUUCCAAAUUGGAACACUCAGGAAAGCUACAACAUCAAAUAAUAACUACCCCUAGCCAUCCGUCUACAUACAAGUAAUAUACAAAUCACCGCACUAAAGUGGAGGAGAAGAAGGGGAAAAAAUAGUGUUAUGAAGGAGGAGGUGGAGGGAGCAGAGAGCAGAUCCCGCUGUAGCCAAUGAAAUUCAGGUCUCUGGCUGUGACAUAUGCAGCAGGCAGAGAGAGACAGCAGGCACCAUAAAAUGGCAAUGUCUCUCAUUCAAGCAUGCCGCAGCCUGGCUCUCUCCACCUGGCUGCUGUCCUUCUGCUUCGUGCAUCUGCUGUGCCUGGAUUUCACGGUGGCCGAGAAGGAGGAAUGGUACACGGCCUUCGUCAACAUCACCUUCCACGACCCCUCCAGCGGCUUGAACCGGACGGAGAAGAGCGAGUGCGGGAGGUACGGGGAGCACUCCCUCAAGCAGGAUGCCUGGGGCUUGGCGGUGAUGCCCUCCUCCCAGCCGGAUAGACUGGCCUGUGACCCGGCCAGCAGGUUCCCUGUGCCUGCUAACGCCGUGAAAUGGGUAGCCCUCAUCCCCAAGGGGAACUGUACCUACAGGGAUAAGAUCAGGCACGCAGCCCUGCAAAACGCCUCAGCUGUGCUUAUUUAUAACGUGGGGUCCAGCAAUGCCAAUGACACCAUCACCAUGGCCCAUCCAGGAAUUGAAGACAUUGUAGCAAUAAUGAUCCCUGAGCCAAAAGGAAAAGAGAUAGCAAGUCUUAUUGAAAAGAACAUUACUGUAACAAUAUACAUUACAAUUGGAACAAGGAAUUUGCAAAAAUUUGUCAGUCGAACAUCAGUGGUUUUUGUCUCUAUAUCCUUCAUUGUUCUGAUGAUCAUUUCUCUUGCAUGGCUGGUUUUCUACUAUAUCCAGAGAUUUAGAUAUGCAAAUGCCAGAGAUAGAAAUCAGAGACGACUUGGCGAUGCUGCAAAAAAAGCCAUAAGCAAAUUACAAGUCCGGACUAUUAAAAAAGGUGACAAGGAAACAGAGCCAGAAUUUGAUAACUGUGCUGUUUGUAUUGAAGGAUAUAAACCAAAUGAUGUUGUCAGAAUUUUGCCAUGCAGGCAUCUUUUUCACAAAUCUUGUGUGGAUCCCUGGCUUUUAGAUCAUCGAACAUGUCCAAUGUGCAAAAUGAAUAUUCUGAAAGCUCUGGGCAUACCGCCAAAUGCAGACUGCUUGGAUGAUAUUGCUCCAGACUUUGAAGGUUCUGUUGGACCGCCAACCAAUCAAAUAACAGGAGCUAGUGAUGUAACUGUGAAUGAGAGUUCUGUAGGUGCUGAUCCUCCUGUCCGUACAGUGGGUGUAUUACAAAUAAUUCAAGAUGCAGAAGUGCUUCCGCAGGUCGGGGACAUUAGUCUUACUGCAAGCAGUGAACAAGAACCAGCAAUCAGCAGUGACUCGGAUAUUUCACUCAUUAUGGCAGUGGAAGUGGGACUUUCAGAUGUGGAUCUUUCCACUGACCAGGACUGUGAGGAGGUAAAAUCCUGAACAAGGACAUUGUUACUGUAAGUAGGAAAGUCCUAGAAGAUGUGAAGAGAUCAGCUCUCCUGGAGUUUGGACUAUUCCGAAAAGUAUAAACAAAAUCACCACCGCCAUAAAAUGUCCAGCGCACUCCAUUCUGGGAUGACCAUGGAAAGCAAUAGCGCCAGAUGCCUGCUAUCUUCAGCACAGUUUCUUCCCGUUGGAUUUUCAGUUGUGUUGAUACUGGGAGCAGAGGCCACCUCCUUUCCCUUACACGAGCAAGGUUUCAAACUGCAGGCUUCCCCUGUUUUGGAUGGUAGACAUGGAAACUGAAAUUAAAUCUUUCAUCCCAUUUCUUGAAAAGAACACUAUAUUUUUAUUUUAGUUUUGUUUACCUUCUUCUGAUCCUUGAAUUUCGAGCAUAGAUAUAUGGACAGGGUACCAGUUUUGCUUUUCUUAGCUACGUUGCCAAGUACACAGCAAGAUGUCAAGAGGGUGCUGAGUCAAAACCAAGCUCUUAUCUGACAAAAGCCAUGAUUACAAAAUAGACAUAAAACCCAGAUGCACUUACCCCAUAAAAUGCUUAUACCAAUUGUAUAUUAUUUGGCAUUCUGAGUGGUCCCGAGUAAAGAGUGCUUGGUACUUGGUUACAUUACAGUAGGCUGAGGGUAGGAGACCUUGUACCUUUAUGCUUAAAGAGGAACAAGCUCUGUUAACACUCCAUGGUCCAUUCCAAGGAUUUAGCCAGUUUGGUCACAGUGCUUGUAUAGUGUCUUUUAACCCUUUGCGUUUCACAAGGGAGAGCAACUCAGUGUGCCGUUGUUCCUUUUGGUAUCCAAAGUGUUAAACAUAAAAAUCUACAUUCAUUAUGCAACUUAAAGUGUAUCCUGACAGUAUCUUCAAAACGUUCAUGCAGUAUUUGUGCUUAAACUAUUACAAUGUUAGAAAAGUUUCUUAAAAAUAAAUAUAUUUUCCUAGAAAUAAGAAAUUCACGCUAUGAAAUUUGUCUAUUAAAUUACCAGUGAUAUUUGGGGUGCUGUGACAUCCUGUAGGCACCAAUUCCUGUUGUGUUGUGUUUGUACCACAAACGAUACGCUACUUUUAUUGAAUGACCAUGUAUUGUGGCUUCUGUGUUCAUUUAAAAAAUAUAUAUAUAUAUU